AUGGGGAUCGAUUCGUACAACUCGACGGUUAAGAUGCGUCUGGCGAACGCGCCGAAAACUCGAAUUUUGCAGUUGAAAGACUCUGCUUUAAGAAAAUUUCCUCAGGAAAUUGAGCAGGUUUUUGAAUUUUUUUUUUCCUAAUAAAUGAGCAUUUUCCUAAGUUCUCGAACGUACUUCGCAACCUUGAUCUGAGUGACAACUACGUGGACGAGUUGCCUCAAUGGAUUGGAAAAUUUACGCAAUUGAAGCAGUUUAACAUGUCUAGAAAUUUGCUUGGUGAGUUUCAGUUGAGGAUAAUCUAUAAAUAUGAGGAGUUUUAGAUGCAAUUACUGAUGAGAUUGGAACGCUGGACAAGCUCGAAACGUUUAUCGUUCAGAACAACAAACUUCUCUCUACGCCAAAAAGUCUUGCUAAUUGCGUAUCACUUAAAACAGUCGACUUUUCCAACAAUUGGCUGACGGAAUUUCCACUUGGGUUAUGCUCCUUUUCUUUGACAAACCUUGAGACUGUCAAUUUGAGUGGCAAUCGAAUCGAGCAGAUACCAAAUGAGGUUGUCAAUACGUAUAAGAAUUUUAAAAACUUAAUUCAUUUCAGAUAGAAGAAUUCAAAGCGAUUACUUUGAGUUUGACCAAAAACAGGCUGAGAACAAUAAAUAGCGAUAAAAUCGUCAAAUGUCAAAGGAUCAAAGUUCUUCAACUGGACGAAAAUCAACUAUCGCGCUUCGAAAUUGAAUCUUUGCUCGAAGAAGCUCCAAAAACAUGGAAAAUCACUUCACAAAACAAUCUUUCGAAGGCUGAAGAUAAAGCGGAGGUAAUUUUUGGUGGACUGUUACCGGUUUUUGUGCAACCAAGUGUUUGCGGGGCGUGCGUUUUAUCUUACGACAUGAACAACAAUUUUCAGUUUUCAGAAAAUUUCAACGGACUAUAAAUCUAUAGUCUAUAGACCCAAUAGAUUUUUUUAAAAAUUUAACUACGGAUUCAAAAAAAAUGGUUUUUAAAAUAUGAUUCUUUUUUUCGAAAAAAAUGUUUUCUCUCAAAUUUUUGUGGUAAAAGCAUAUAAAGUUUAAACUUAUGUAGUUGUUUUGCUAAUACUUGUUUCUCGUGUUUCUUAAACUUCAUUCUUUAAAUGAACACUUUUCAUCUAUUCCUUUUCGAGGAUAUGGGUAACGACUCCUCAAAACCAAGGUCUUCAGCAGGAAGCGGUGGGCUGAAGAAGAUUAUAGGUGGUUCAUUAUAAAAAUCUAUUUUUCAUGUUGAAGUUUCAGGUAAGUCAGGUCCAUCAACAUCCACCGUCAAUAAGCAUCUUGAAAUGGCCAGCAAAAGCAGGAUUUUGCAGCUGAAAGGUUCAGGAUUGAAAAAAGUGCCCGAAGAAGUUGAACAGGUUAGAAAAUAUGAUAAAUAAAGUUAUAUAAUUCUCAAUUUAUAGCUAGCUGAAAUUAUACGAACACUCGAUUUGAGUGAGAACAAAAUUCGCGAGAUUCCCAGUUUCAUCGGCGGCUUUUCACAGCUCAAACAACUUCACUUUUCCAAUAAUGUAUUAGGUUUGUCAAUUUUUGGGCUUCAAACCCACAGUUUUGUGGUUACAGAAAGUUUACCUGACGAGAUCGGUCAGAUGAAGAAGUUGGAGAUUUUGAAUUUGGGUGGAAACAAGCUGAAAACGUUGCCUGACACUAUUGCCGGCUGCACGGAUUUGCGAUCGAUCGAUUUGUCUUCAAACGAGUUUGCCGUCUUCCCGCGGGCACUUUUUUGUGUCAUGCAGAUUGAUUUUGUCAAUCUGAACUCAAAUUGUAUUGAGGAACUGCCCGAUGAGGUUCGCUACAGUCCCAGAGUGUUGAAUGAUUAAUUUAAAGAAAGGGAAAUUUUCAAUAAAAGUUCGAAGAACAGCUUUUGAAGAAGAUUUCUCUCAACUUUUUAAAAAGAAGUUCAUUAUUUAAAAAAAAACUUGUUGGGCUUUCUAUUUAUCUAACUAUUUCCCAUAAUUUCCAGAAUUUUAUUUGGACCCUACAGAUUUUUCUUCAUCAUGCAUCCUCUCUCAUUAAUAUUCUUUCAAUUAGUUCACAUAGUUAAGUUUUUCUCUAACCUUACAGCCUAAAUUUAUUUCUGGAUAUAUAGCGGAAACGUGGUUCGAUACAUCAAAUAUACUUUCCUGGUGCCACUUUUAUUUAUUUUUAUUUCAAUUUUUCAGAUAGGCGACUUGAAAGCUAUCGAACUAUCACUGAACCAGAAUCGAUUACGCUCCCUCAACGCCACAAAAUUAAUCGAAUGUCCAAGACUCCGUUCUCUGAGAGUUGAGGAAAACUGCCUGGCCAAGACGGAAUUCACCCGGGAACUCUUGGAAAAGUCCCAAAUCAGCUUAAUCGCCUUCAAUGGCAACUUGUUCCAGGACAGAGAGUUUCAGGUAAAUUUCACUUGUUUAAAGUGUAAAAAAAAAUUCAAAAAUAAAGUUAAGUGUUUUGUUAUAGAAACUAUUUGCUUUAUUAUAAUUUUUCCGAGUUUUCCCCUUUAAUUUUUUUUUCCAGGACUUGAACGGCUACGAAGCUUAUCAGGACCGUUACACUGCCACAAGACGGAAAAUGUAA